UCUCAAAUCGUCGAUCUCAAAACUCCUGAAAACUUCAAUCUCAUUUGAGAAAUAUUCCAAAUGGCUCCCAAAGCAGAGAAGAAGCCCGCCGAGAAGAAGCCGGCCGAGAAGGCCCCAGCAGAGAAAGCCCCGGCGGAGAAGAAGCCCAAGGCCGGCAAGAAGCUCCCCAAGGAGGCCGGAGCCGCCGCCGGAGACAAGAAGAAGAAGAGGAACAAGAAGAGCGUGGAGACCUACAAGAUCUACAUCUUCAAGGUCCUCAAGCAGGUCCACCCAGACAUUGGGAUCUCCAGCAAGGCCAUGGGCAUCAUGAACAGCUUCAUCAACGACAUCUUUGAGAAGCUUGCUCAGGAGUCGUCCAAGCUCGCAAGGUACAACAAGAAGCCAACGAUUACUUCUCGGGAGAUCCAGACCGCUGUGAGGCUUGUGCUUCCUGGUGAGUUGGCCAAGCACGCUGUUUCGGAGGGAACCAAGGCUGUAACCAAGUUCACUAGCUCUUGAAGGGUUUGACUGUGGAUGGGCUCUUGGGGUUUUGUCUUACUAUGGAUCUAGGGGUUUGGGAAGUAAGGGUUAGUGGGUUUUGGUAUUAGUAUUUGUUCAGUUUCUGAAUUUGAUGCUUUGGAUGGUUGUAAAUUAAGUACUGAUUUUGUUCAG